UUAUCGAUUACUGUCACUAAUCUCCAAUGCAUAAAUUGAGCUGUGCAGUGCAAAUAAAGAAUUAACGCGUAAAUAGUAAUCAUUGUCUUUGCCCGUUGGAAUUUUAGUGCCCGGUCACAAUAAGUCACUUGAAAUUCAAUAAAGAAAGUGCCUUUUACCAAAGCUAUUCGUUUAUUGCCGAUGGCGACACUGAGAAGUGUGCAAAACUAGCGAAAGGCAUUUUCUAUCGAUAUCGUCGGAUUUGUUUAGCACUAGCACGGGGUAAAUUUAUGCCAAUACGAGUGCAAUUUUUUUUUUCGUUUGAUUAUCACCAAAAUCUUAUAAAUUUGGGAGCAGUAUAAUCUUUAGGGUGACAGUGCUCAGAGCAGGCGAGUGUCUGGUCAGCAGUAGUCAUCUGCAAUCGUCAUCGCCAACGCCAGCGCCGUGAGCACAUCCAGCUCCAGCGCAUUGGGCACCGCACACUCAUUCCAAGCAAUGAGUGCAGCAAAGAAAUACAAGCUCAUGGAUACGACUGAACUGCACGACACCGAGAAUAUUGCCUCCUGCCUGAAGAAGGGGGACAACGGCAGCAGCAACGCAACGACUGGGAGCAACCUUGGCCGUAGCGCCUUCGCUGCCCAAAAUAUGAAUUCAGCAGCGUCCACAAACGGCGAACGAUUGCCAAAUUUUUCGAAAUUGGGCUCGCAUCAUGGCAGCGAUAUGCGUUCGGCAUCAACUACCUCAAAUCUGCUUAAUCGGAUGGGCGCCAUACACAACACCAAGCCGGGUGAUGUCAAAAAGAUAGUUAUUAAGAACUUUAAGGCUAAACCCACACUGCCCGAUAACUAUUCAGAGGACACUUAUGUGAAACUUGAGGAGGCCGUUAUCGCUAUUCAAUUAUCAAAGCCCAUCAAAUAUUCACUGGAGGAGCUCUACCAGGCCGUUGUAAAUAUGUGCAGUCAUAAAAUGGAUGCACAGCUAUAUAUAAAACUGAUGGAGCUAACCGAGCAGCACGUCAAAAGAAACAUCAAACUUAAAGAGCUAACUGGCGGAAGUAUGGAUAAACUGGUUUUGCUGGAAAAGAUCAACAAUUGGUGGCUAUCGUUUUGUCAGCAAAUGAUCAUGAUACGUAGCAUAUUUCUAUAUAUGGAUCGGACUUAUGUGCUGCAAAAUUCGUCCAUACACUCUAUUUGGGACAUGGGGCUGGACCUCUUUCGCAUACACUUUGCCCAGAAUAGCGUCGUGCAGAAACGCACCGUUGAUGGUUUACUGACGCUGAUCGAAAAGGAACGCCAGGGCUCAACAGUCGAUCGUGGAUUGCUCAAGAGUUUAGUGCGUAUGCUGUGCGAUCUGCAGAUAUAUAGCAGUGCGUUUGAGGAAAAGUUCCUGGAUGCGACCAAUCAACUGUACAAGGCUGAGAGUCAACGAAAGAUGCAGGAAUUGGAGGUGCCCGAGUACUUACAGCAUGUGAGCAAGCGACUGGCCGAGGAGAAUGAGCGUCUGUUGCACUAUCUGGACUCCAGCACAAAACAUCCUUUAAUAUACAAUGUGGAAAAGGAACUGCUUGCCGAACACUUAACAACCAUUCUGCAAAAGGGCCUUGACUCCCUUCUAGAGGACAACAGACUGAACGAUCUAACCCUUUUGUAUGGCCUGCUUAGUCGCGUCAAAAACGGCACUUCCGAGCUAUGCGGCAACUUUAAUGGUUACAUCAAGAAAAAAGGACGCACUAUUGUCAUUGAUCCAGAGAAGGAUAAGAGUAUGGUGCAAGAUCUGUUGGACUUCAAGGAUAAAAUGGAUGUUAUUGUGCGCACUUGCUUUGAGCACAAUGAGAAAUUCACAAAUUCGUUGCGAGAGGCCUUCGAAUUCUUCAUCAAUCAGCGCGCCAACAAGCCCGCUGAGCUUAUUGCUAAAUAUGUGGAUAUGAAAUUGCGCUCUGGCAACAAGGGCACCACCGACGAGGAGCUGGAAAAGACCUUGGACAAGAUAAUGGUCCUGUUUCGUUUUAUACACGGCAAGGACGUUUUUGAAGCAUUCUACAAAAAGGAUUUGGCCAAACGCUUGCUGGUGGGCAAAUCAGCCUCGGUUGAUUCCGAGAAGAGUAUGUUGUCGAAAUUGAAACAGGAAUGCGGCGGCGGCUUUACAUCGAAGCUGGAGGGCAUGUUCAAGGAUAUGGAAUUAAGUCGUGAUGUGAAUUUGGCUUUCCGCGGUCAUACGCUUAGCAAUGAUCGGGAUGUAACCAAUCUGGACUUGACAGUCAGCAUCCUAACCAUGGGCUAUUGGCCAACAUAUGCGCCCACUGAGGUCACAAUGCCACCACAGUUUAUCAAUCCCCAGCAGAUAUUCAACAAGUUCUAUCUGGAGAAACACAGCGGGCGAAAACUUCAAUGGCAGCCUACUCUAGGCAAUUGCGUAUUGCGGGCACAUUUCGAUGCGGGUCCCAAGGAGCUGAUGGUGUCGCUGUUUCAAGCGCUCGUUCUGCUGCUGUUUAACGACAAGCCUACGCUCAGCUACGAGGAGAUCUUGGCUGCCACCAACAUUGAGGAUGGUGAACUGCGACGCACACUGCAGUCACUAGCAUGCGGACGUGCGCGUGUCAUUACCAAAACGCCGAAAGGCCGCGACAUUGAGGAUCGGGAUCAAUUUGAUUUUAAUAAUGAGUUCGUUAACAAAUUGUUCCGCAUCAAGAUUAAUCAAAUUCAAAUGAAGGAAACGAACGAGGAGCAAAAGGCGACGGAGGAGCGCGUUUUCCAGGAUCGCCAGUAUCAGAUCGAUGCGGCUAUUGUGCGCAUUAUGAAAAUGCGUAAGACACUGAGCCACAAUUUGCUCAUCACCGAGUUGUUCAACCAGCUAACCUUUCCCGUUAAGCCUGCUGAUCUGAAAAAGCGCAUUGAGUCGCUGAUUGAUCGUGAUUAUAUGGAGCGAGACAAGGAUAAUCAAAAUCAAUAUAAUUAUGUGGCAUAAAUGUGCGAAGGAUAACUUUUAUUUUUGGCCAACUAACACAGCAACACAAACAUACAUAUGCACGCACACACACACACUUGAACACACACACCUCUACACACAUAGAAAGAUUGUAGGUUUUCUCUCUAUUUUUGUUUUGUUUCGAAUACGAGAUCAGCGAAAAAAAAUUCAUUUGGUAUCUGCGUGCAGCGAGCGCCUGGAACAAAUAUCAAUUACCUAUUGUAGUUCUUAGCUGUUCACACAUGCUGAGCCCACACGAAAGUUUCGUUUGUGGUGGCUAGUGUAGUUGCUGCAAACCGUUUCCCUUUGUAAGUUAAUACUGUAUCAUCUAAUAAAUUAGGCGUUUUAUUUACGAAAACUAACAGCAAACAUUUGUCUCUCCUCAACGAGAGUGAUAUAUAAAUAUAUACAUAUAUAUCCAUAUAUCAAGAUAUCGUCAAGAGCAUCCUUUUACUGAAAUUUAUGAGAAAAGAACGAUAAAUUCUAAACAUUGUGUAAUUUUUGCUAAGAGAAGGGAAAAGAAAAUAAAUUGUAUAUCUUUGUUGGAUUUCAGAAAUUUGAUUAGAUUCGAUGCUGAGAGUAAUUUCCCUUCGCAUAACAAUAGAAAAAACAUUUGCAGGCUAAUAUUAAUAGAAUACUUAAAUAAAUAAUGAAAAAUUGUACACGUAAUUCUGCAUCUGUAUGUAAAACAGAUGCGCAUAAACUAGAUCGUUUUUAUUUAUGAUUUUUUCGAUAAAUAAACAAAAAGAAAUACUUGUAUACAUA